AGCUGUUCCUGUGUACCCCUCCCGUCCACCCAGCACCCAGGUGCAUAUCCCAUGGCCGCCGAAGCAGCCAUGGAUCGGAGGCGGCAGCCACGAACCCUAGCAGUCCGCUCGGGGAGGCGCUUGCCAGUCGCCCCGCCCCUGAUCCGCCACACGUGAUCGCGCCCCUCUCUCAAGCGGACGUGAGCUCCUCCCUAUGAGAGAACCUGGAUCCCGCGACCACCCGCUCCCGCAUCGGUGGCGUCAUGGCCGCGGGCGCCGCGCGGGCCGCGUACCUCGUCGCCAGCGGCUGGAUCCAUACAGUCCGGAGCAAGGGAGGGGUGCGUUCACCUUCGCCAAUCGAACUCAAGGCGUAGCACGGGGAGCGGUGGCCCCUGCGCCGCUUUGGCAGCGGCGAUUGGCCGAAUGGGGCAGGCGGCGGGUCUGGGUCCUCGAUGGCGCGGGUGGUGGCGACGGCCCCGGACUUGUACCACUUCCUCGUCGUCUACGGAAGAAGGCGUGGCGGGCGGCGCUGCGGACGACUUCGUGGCGGACCUGGCUGCGUGUGGCGAUGUCGUGUUCGACGGGUUCCACUCUUCCACUGCGCUCAUGGCUGCGCAUCGAACGUUUAAGUGGAGCCUUCUUUCACCUGACCUCAUUUGCCCGGCAAGUGUUUGUAGAAUUGCUGGUGGCAAUUCGGGAAAUCUGCAAGGCAAUUGAUGUUCUUGUCCAGAACUGUGGAAAGAAGAAAUUGGUUGAUGCUAUCAACUUACCACCUCCUGAACUCUACAGGCAUGUUGAAGUAUGAACAUACUACAGCUCUGUAUUUUACCAAUUGUACAAUCUUUUAACUUGUUGAUAGGUCCAACUACAAGUACUUAAUUGACCUGUAGUAGGUUAAAGAAUACUUGAACUGUCCAGAAUUUGUGUUGACUGGUGACCAUAAUGCUGUUUCCUAUCCUUCUUUCUUCUAUUUUCCUAUAUGUUUUAUCAUUUUUAUUUGCUUGAUAUGAUUGAUGGAAUGGCCACUCCUUCAUAUAAAUGUGGUCAGUUGCACCUGAGCUCAGGGGCUUAUCCUGCCCCUCAGUGGACGCGUGAAGAUUCGGUGGCCGCACAGGCAGGUGGAUUUGAGUACAGGCAGGUGGCCCCACUGUAAACGCGGUCAAAUGAGGCCAGCUCCAACGGGAGCGGUAAAACGACUUGUAUCACUGUAUCGAUUGCCACGUUCUCUCUUGCCGAUCGGAAGUGAGAGGAAAGCUCUCCAACAGCGUCCGUAUCAACCGGUAUAGGGAUACGAGCAUGAGAUCCUGUUCGGUAAAUUUACAUAAGUAAAAGUGAGUUUGUAUCACUGUAGCUAGAUGAUGAUAGUGGGUUUAAGGAAUGAUGGAAAAUAAUAAAAGGUAGGAAAUAAGGUAGUUGUUAGAAAUGAUAAAAAUAGAAAAUGCUGCAAUAGUGUUAAGAGAUGUUGUAAUAAUAUUAUAAAAAAUAAAUUUUUAAAGUAUCUGCUACUGGAUAUAAUCUGAGGACGGUUUUAUUCACAGGUCGGAGAAGUUCACUAGUUCCGGAUCUAUUGGUAGC